ACAGUCGUCCUCCGGCAGCACAAAGCUUCCAUCUUUUGUUGAUCUUCUCAGCUCUGCUUCACUCGUAUCCUGCCGAUAAGAACCUCUGAAGAGUGCUUAGUUCACCGCAUACGAACAUGACCACCUGCUCUGCUAAUACCAACGGGUCUGAUCAGUGGACCGUGGAGUCGGCAAUCCCAUCUGAGAUCAAGGAACUCAUCGCCGAGGCCGGCUCGUCCUCGUCGCAAGGCCAGUCAAACAGGUAUAACUACGUGCUGAUAUUCCUGCAGAUCGUGUCUCUGCUGAAGAAGCAGAGACGUACCGGGUGGGUCGACCACGGGAUCGAGAAAUGUGAGUCCAUCUCGGACCAUAUGUACAGAAUGGGCAUCAGUUCGAUGCUCAUCACUGAUCCCAAGGUUGAUACGAAUAAAUGUGUCAAAAUUGCCCUGAUCCACGACAUUGCCGAGUCCUUGGUUGGCGAUAUCACGCCAUUUGACGUUGUUGACAAGAACGAGAAGCACAGAAGGGAACUGGCAACGAUCGAAUACCUCAGCCAGCUCAUUGGCAAUUAUGACCCGUCCACUGGGGAUGAGAUCCUACAGUUCUGGCUGGACUACGAGGAGAUCAGAACCUUGGAGGCAAGAUACGUCAAGGACAUCGACAAGUUUGAAAUGCUGCUACAAAGCUUCGAAUACGAGCGGGAAUUCAAAGGUACAAAGAACCUGGAUCAAUUCUGGGGCGCAAGAUCGAGUAUAAAGACCGACGAGGUGAAGCAAUGGACAGAGGCCCUGUGGCAGAAGAGAGUCCAGUUCUGGGAACAGUAUCAGUGAUGUCUAUAGAGAUAGAGAAGAUGAUUUCCUCGGUAUAUACCCACCAUAAUGCCUCACGCUGAAAAGAACAAGUUGUCGUAUCCGUAUAACCAAGGUCCAAUGGUAUGUCUUGCCAACAGCGCAACCAGCCCAAUCGUGAACUGUAGAAGAAGUAGCACUGCACAUAGUGAGUCCUCUCUCAAAGGUCCAAACCAGACCAGUGCCAGGUUAAUCAGCGUAAAAUUCGAGGACUCGACGACGCGUCCUUCUCUCUGGACAAUCUCCAGCAGCUUCAGCUUGGA